UCAGUCCUCUUUUCUUGACAAGACAAGAGCACAUCCAACCGGAACCACCAUGAGCAAAUUAAUUCUAAUUGCAGGUCUUUGUCUGUCCUUUGCCAGUUUGGUGUCGUCCUCCAGAUUGGUGUGUUAUUUCACCAACUGGUCCCAAUACCGACCUGGUAAUGGGAAGUUUAUGCCUCAAAACAUUGAUCCAAACCUGUGUACCCACCUGAUCUAUGCCUUUUCUGGUAUUAACGAGGCAAAUGAGUUGGUCACCAUAGAAUGGAAUGAUGAUGAACUGUAUAAAUCUUUUAAUGGACUCAAACAGAGGAAUCCAAAUCUUAAAACACUGUUGGCAGUCGGAGGCUGGAACUUUGGAACACAGAAAUUCACAACAAUGGUGUCAACACAAGCCAACCGAAAUACAUUUAUCCAGUCUUCUGUCAAACUACUGAGAAAAUAUGGUUUUGAUGGACUUGAUUUGGACUGGGAAUACCCUGCGUCUAGAGGAAGCCCUCUGGAGGACAAACAGAGAUUCACACUGUUAUGCAAGGAUCUACUAGAGGCCUAUCAGGCUGAGGGAAAUGCAACUGGUCGGCCCAGAUUACUGGUCUCUGCUGCUGUGUCGGCUGGGAAAGGAACUAUUGAUGCUGCUUAUGAAAUCGCAGAGAUGGCAAAGUAUCUGGACUUUAUUAAUGUGAUGACGUAUGACUUUCAUGGCACCUGGGAGAGUGUGACAGGACAUAACAGUCCUUUGUACAAGGGAUCCCAAGACACCGGGGAUCAUGUUUACUUAAAUACUGACUUUGCCAUGAGAUAUUGGCGGGACAAGGGAACACCUGUAGAAAAGCUAAAUAUGGGAUUUGCGACAUAUGGGAGGACAUUUCGACUGUCUACUCAAUCCAGUCAGGUUGGAGCACCAACCAGUGGUCCUGCUGCUGCUGGUGUUUUUACAAGGGAAGCAGGUUUCUGGUCCUAUUUUGAGAUUUGCACUUUUCUUCAAGGGGCCACUGUCCAGCUGAUUGAGGAUCAGAAAGUUCCGUAUGCGUUCAAACAAAAUGAGUGGGUUGGAUAUGACAACAAAGAAAGUUAUAAGACUAAGGUUCGUUACCUGAAGGACAACAGAUUUGGAGGAGCUUUUGUCUGGGCUCUGGAUCUGGAUGACUUUAAUGGACAGUUCUGUGGACAGGGAAACUACCCCCUCAUCAGUUACCUCCGCUCUCUUGUAGCCCAGGAUCUUCCUCCCCUUCCCACUGGAGCGAUCACCCCAAAUCAAGUGACGCCGUCUACAAACAAACGUCCACCUAACACAACACCUGCUCCAAGACCAACAAUCCCUUCUUCAUCCACAUUCCAAGACAAUUUCUGUGCUACAAAGAUUGGUGGGCUUUAUGCCAAACCUGAUGCCCGAGGUUCCUUUUACAGCUGUGCCAAUGGCAUCACCUGGAUCCUAAACUGCCCAGCUAAUUUGGUCUAUGACGAAAGCUGCAAGUGCUGUAACUGGCCCUAACCAUUCAACAAGUUAUAUAUAUAUGUUCAAAAGUGAGCAAAAAAAUAUAUUCUUCACAAGUAUGAAUAAUUUGUUUAGAUAAUUUGACAAUUAAAUUAAAUUACCUCUGAGACCAUACGUUUUUUAAGUGAAAUUGAUUAUCUUAAAAUUGACUAUGAAUCUUUUUUUUUUUUACGUGACCAAAAAACAAUUAAAGCUUAUUUAAUGCAUUAAACAUACAAUGGUAAGCCUUACACAAUCAUUGGCUUCUGGGCUUCCUUCACUUACACUGCAACAU